AUGCAAGAUGCUGAAGAGGUGCAAAAUAGUCUAUUGCCGCCGGCGGAGAAAAAGUGAGUUUAGAGUGAGGGGGGAGGUUGUAACGUAAUUUUUAUGAGGGCACAUUUAUCAACCAUUGUAACAUAAUUGUGAGACAAUGAAACAAGCACGUGAUGUUCAGAGAACAGAAAUCACUGUUGAAAGUGGAACUGUGGAUCAUAUCCAAACGAAAAUUGUUAAAUUUAUUGGCAGAGAUCUUUCAGACAUUCAACAUGGCCACCUUUUCGCUUAGGUUUUAUUGCCAUUCUUGUUUCCUUUGGAUCUUCCUUCAACUUUGGUUUUCAACUUCUCAUAACUAAUCCAGCUCAACAAGCUUUCAUUUCAUUUCUCAAUGAUUCCAAAACUCAACAAGGAAUCAAAGUUGAAGAUGUCAAAAGUUUGGAGAAUGAAUGGUCCCUUAUUGUUGCAGUAUUUUUCUUGGGAAGUAUUUUUGGAGCAUUUCUGAUUCGCGCUGUCUCAGAAAAUUUUGGCAGAAAAAAUGGUUUGAUAAUAAGUGUAACAGUUCAAAUUAUAUCAUGUCUACUCGCUAUUUUCAGUUACUUUGUGAGUCAACAAGAUAUCUCAUAUUUUGCUUUCCUAAUCCAAAUAUUUUUCAGAUAAAAUCAUAUCAAGUUUACACAGUAUCUCGUCUUCUUAUGGGUAUUGGAAUUACUAAAUCAAUGGGAAUUUCAGCAAUGUUUAUAACUGAAUCUUCUCCAGUUCAUUGUCGAGGUGUUGCUUCAAUUUUGAAUGGAAUUAUUCUUCAAUUUUCAAUUAUUGUUGGCUCAAUUUUAGCAAUGCCUAAACUUCUUGGAACUUCUACUCAAUGGUAUUUAUUAUAUGUUUUUCAAUUAAUAAUCUCUUUCGUUGUCCUGAUUUCUUUGCCAUGGAUUCACGAUUCACCUGGUUAUUUGAAUCACCGAGGAAAGAAACAAAAAGCUGUAAAAAGUGUCGAAUUUUAUCAUUCAGUGAGCAAAGAAGUCGCUGAAACUGUAGUGAAUUCUUUGAAAUUUGAAGAAAAGAAAAGUUUACUCGGAGUAUGGGGAGAUGCUGUAACUCGAAAAGGAACUAUUUUGGGAAUGUUAGUGUCAAUGGGAAUGGCUAUGACAGGAAUAUCUGUUAUAAAUGCAUUUGCAUUUGAGAUUUUGUUGAAUACUGGAUUAGAGAAAUUUGAAGCUUCAAUCGCAAAUGUUUUUGUUUGCACAUUUUCAUUAGCAGGGAUAUUGGUUUCAACAAGAAUAAUUGAUCAUCAUGGAAGAAGACCUCUUUUAUUGUGCACUUUUAUGAUUUUGGCUGUUGUUAAUUGUAUGAUUGUUGGACUCAUGUAUUUUCACAAAUGGAGCGAGGUAAGCGACUUUCAAGAUCUGAUGUUUCAUAAUAAAACUUCUCUCGUUUUUAGUCUCCUAUCAUCGGCUACCUUCUCGUUGCUACAAUUUGCCUUUUCAAUUUUAUUUUCGCCAUGGGACCUGGUCCAGUAUCCUUAUUCCUUUCUGGUGAACUCGUAUCUCAAGCAGCCAGAUCUGCUUCUUCAACUUGGUCUAACUCAAUCAUGGCUACUUUGUGAGUAGAGAUGAGUUACUGUGGAAACUAUGUUUUAUUUUCAGCCGUUUUUUCUGUCUCGCUUUGUAUUUGCCGUUGAAAAAUGCCACUUCCGAAUACACAGCCUAUGCUACAUUUUUCAUUUUUCCAAUGGUAAACUUUUCAAAUGAGUAUAUUUUUGGAGUAUUUUUUUUUGUAGAUCUUUGCAACAAUUGUGUUAUAUUUUAAACUCCCGGAAACAAAAGGAGACUGUGAAAAGCGAAAAACCUUAUCUUGA